AGCUCAAUGUACUGAUCAAAGUCUUUUCUCUCUCUUCAAACUCAAUCUUUUCAUUCCUCUUCAUGUGGAUCUGUACUUGGUUUUUUUCCUUCCAUUUUUAUUAAUCAAAUACAUUCAAUUUCAGUUUCAUGUCAUUUCUGAAACCUCUUUCUGGGUUUUCUUCCCUUCUCUUGUUUUUUUCCUUUCUGGGAUGACAAUUUUCGUUUUGAGAUUCCUGGUUGUGGAUUUUUUCUCAGAAAUGCGUAAAGUUUUCUUCUUUAUGACUGUGUUCAGUGUUGAAUUCAAGAAUGUGAUUCCGUGUCAGGGGUAGCUGUGAUGUGAUUCCAUAUCUUCUUGUUGCUUUCUCAGAAGGGAUUCAUGGUUUGUUUCAGCUUGCAUCGAUCUAUUAAUUCAUCAAAAAACAUAAAAAGGCAUAUUGACAGCUAUGAGUAGCAUGACAAGUGGGGGUGAUACCCGGAAGAUAUCCAAAGGUCGUUGGUCAUCAUCCUUAGAUGAAAAAGUUGGAGUUGGAGGUAACGUGGGAGGAGAAGGUCCUCUGAAGAAAGGCCCAUGGACUGCAGCAGAGGAUGCAAUUUUGGUAGAAUAUGUCAAAAAGCACGGACAAGGCAAUUGGAAUGCAGUACAAAAGCAUUCAGGACUUGCCCGUUGUGGGAAAAGCUGCCGUCUACGAUGGGCAAAUCAUUUGAGACCAGAUCUAAAGAAAGGUGCAUUUACUGCCGAGGAAGAGAACCAAAUCCUUGAACUCCAUGCUAAGAUGGGAAACAAAUGGGCUCGAAUGGCUGCAGAGUUGCCAGGACGUACGGAUAAUGAGAUCAAGAACUACUGGAACACAAGAAUCAAAAGAAUGCAACGAGCAGGCUUACCAAUCUACCCUGAAGAAUUGUGCCAACGGAUACUUAAUGGCAAUCAAGAAAGUCAAAAUGUUGGCACCAUGACAAAUGAAGCAUGCCAUCAUGAUGAUCUGUCACAAACAAACAAUUUUGAUAUACCAGAUGUAGAAUUCAAAAAUUUCAAAUUCCGUCAUGGUCUACCACAUGUACCAUCGAUUUUUGAUAUGCCUGAAAGCAGCUUGUUUGAUCAAAGCUCUGACUCAUCCCAUAGUUAUAACUUCUUGUUCCCAACCAUGCGUCCUACAAAACGCCCUCGGGAGUCAGAAAUGCUAUACGAUAGUUUUGGCAGUUGUUCAAUUAAUGCUGCCCCACUAUUUGAUCAGUAUGGCAAUUAUACGUUUGAGAAAAUUUCUGACCAUCCUGGGUUGUCUCUUCCAUGUGAUCCCGUUCUUAACACCACUGAUCAGUUUCAUGGUGAUAACCUUACCGGCAGCCAUGCCGCAUUAAAUGGCAAUGCCUCUGCUUCUGUGCCCAUAUUUGGGGCCAUGAAGUUGGAGCUCCCUUCACUCCAAUAUCCAGAAACUCAACAUGGUAGCUGGGGCACGCCUAUGUCCCCACUUCCUUCACUGGAGUCUGUUGAUACAUUGAUUCAGUCUCCUACACUUGAGCCUAUUCUAUCAGAUCCCAUUUCUCCACAAAGCAGUGGUUUGCUAGAAGCGAUAGUCUACAACUCGAAAAGCUUGAAAGGCUCAAACAAUGAUUUAUUAUUGCAAGAGACAAUUGCUACAGCCAAUGAAGUAGCUAAUAUUUCAACCUUGAAUCAUUCCUUUCAGACAGAAUGGGAUGAACUAGGCGAUCCAAAUUCCCCCUUAGGUCAAUCUGCUGCUUCAGUCCUGACUGACUAUACUCCUGUACGAAUGUGCUCUGUGGAUGGGUAUCAAUCAACUGAAACCAGUCAGGAUCAUGAUGAUAAGCAUGAAGCACCUACCACCCAGUUCCCAGAUAGUUCCAGUAAGAAAAAAAUAUUGAAACAGGUGGAUUACACACAGCCAGAUGCUUUACUUGACUUGGGUUGGUUUGGGAAUAAUACUAAGUAUGAAAGCGAUCAAUUUGUUCAGCAAGAUGCUUUGGGUGCACUUUUUGGUGACAAUUGUCAGCAUCAGCCAUAGCAAGUAGGUGGGUAUGGAUAUAUUGUUUUGGCUUAGUGUAGUGCUUGUUCAAGACAUAACAUCAUUUUAUUUUUUGUUAACUUUCUUAACACUAUUGUGUCCUUUUUUCUUUUUCUUUCUCGUUAAUCUUUAGAAUCGUAUGUUCUGAUGAUCAGAGAUUUUAUGGCACAUUUCAAUUUUAUUGAUGUUACGAAGUUGGUGGUAUGCAUUCUAUCUCAUGUUACUUGAUCUUAAUAUUGAAAAAUUGGUAUUUGAAGAUCUUCA